GAAUCAGCGAUUGAGCUCAUAUUUGCUGCUUUUUUCACCACGGCUAGUGCCAGCACCUCUCUGAUCCUCCUGCUACUGAAGCACCCCUCAGUGAUUGAAAAAAUAAGGCAGGAGCUGAUGUCCCAUGAGCUGUACCAGCAGUGUGAGCAUUGCCCUGCAGGACCCUGCCCAGACACCCUGACCGCUCACAGCAGGGACAGUGAGAAGCCACUUCUCUGCCCCACAGCCAAAGAUGCUUGCGAAGACCAGAGCAAGCCCCCGGGCCCAAUAGAGGAAGGUUCCCUCCAGCCCCGCACCCUGCCAGAGCCCACCCUCCCCAAGAGCAGUCCCUGCGCUGACCCCCAGCUCCGGGCACCGUCAGGGCAGAGCUGUUGCUGCCCCUCGGACAUCAGCCUGGAGAAGCUGAGCCGCCUGCGCUACCUGGACUGUGUGAUUAAGGAGGUGCUGCGGGUGCUGCCCCCCGUCUCCGGAGGCUACAGGACGGCGCUGCAGACUUUCGAGCUGGAUGGCUACCAGAUCCCCAAAGGCUGGAGCGUCAUGUACAGCAUCCGUGACACCCAUGAGACGGGUGCUGUCUACCACAGACCCCCCGGAGGCUCCAACUUUUUUGCCCCCCCGACGGACACGGCAGCCCGCUUCCACUACAUCCCCUUCGGUGGCGGGGCGCGGAGCUGCAUUGGCAAGCAGCUGGCGCAGGCCAUCCUCAAGCUGCUGGCCAUCGAGCUGGUCAGCACGGCUCGUUGGGAGCUGGCCACCCCCGGCUACCCCGCCAUGCAGACCGUGCCCAUCGUGCACCCCGUCGACGAUGGGCUACAGCUCUACUUCCACCUCUUGCAGCCCGGCCGUGGCAGCAAGGCCUGA